AUAAGCUUCCCCAAAAUAAGGACAACGUUUCUCCAAGUGGUUCAGUUCCACAUGGAAGCAUCUACAAUGCAUUCGUUGAAAAUAUUCGUUGGUAACUUUGCUAAAGAAGUCUUAACUUUUCUUCGGAUUGCUUACUGAAAUAGCCCAACGAACGACCGCGUGCUCAUAUGCGCGGUGAGCGCACGCGUGUGUGGAUGCGUUUAUCUGACUAUUAUCUGCAUAUGCUUGCGGGACGGCGGGCUUGUAGUAGACCACAAUACCUCGUGCGUCAGGAGAAGGCAACCUGGUUGUAGGCUACCGGAAUAAACCUCAGCUUUGAAUGUGACAGGGCUGAGGGCUGGCUGCGUCAGAUUUCACCUAUCAUCAUCCGCAAUCCACCGGUUUCCAAGGGUCACCUGAUAUUAAAAAGCAAUGGAGAGAAACAUUCACAUAUGUGGACAGAUGCCUUCCGGUUUGGAAUGACUGGGAACGAUGAACAUAAGCAGCUGCUCAUUAGUGCAGGAGCAGAAGUUGUUUGAUGCUGGGACGGUAUUGAUUGUGAGCUUUCUGACUGUCUUGACCUUGAUCACUGCUCUUUUAAACUGCACCGUCAUUCUGGCUAUUUGUACCACCAGGAAACUCCACCUGCCGGCCAAUUAUUUAAUCUGCUCAUUGGCAAUCACGGACCUUUUGGUAGCCACACUGGUGAUGCCACUGAGCAUUCUGUACAUUGCCACAGAAACAUGGAUGCUGGGACACAUUGUUUGUGAGGCAUGGCUAAGUAUGGACAUGAUCUGCUGCACCUGCUCUAUCCUCCACUUGUGUGCCAUUGCCGUGGAUCGCCACUGGUCCAUUACCAGUGCCCUGGAGUACACCUGCAAACGGACCCCACGGCUCACCGCUGUCAUGGUGACCAUUGUGUGGACUCUCUCUGUCCUCAUCUCAGUUCCACCACUGUUCUGGAGGAGUAAUCGCUGUAUUACUCAGUGCACAAUUGAACAUGAUCAUGUUACCUACACAAUUUACUCCACAUUUGGAGCUUUCUACAUCCCAAUGGCUCUGAUCCUUAUAUUGUACUGCAGGAUCUUUGUUGCUGCUAAAACCCUGUACCAGAGACGAAGUGUCACCACAAAUCUGUGUUCUAAUGGAGAAAAGAAUGGACGUUUCCCCUCCGUUCAGUUUGUCUGUGUGUCCCAGACGUCCACUCCUAAUCCAGGAAAACCAAUAGAGCUUGUGGUCAACAAAGACAGUGACAUCCCCUGCCCAAAUGUGUUUCAGAGUACCCUGGAGGAGGAUAAAGAAAGGAGUCAACUGUAUGCCAUUCGAGAAAGGAGAGCGGCCCAAACACUAGGCCUCAUCCUGGGAGCGUUUGUGCUCUGUUGGCUGCCUUUCUUUGUGAAAGAGUUGAUGGUAGGCUUUGGGAUUCUCCAGCCAUCACAGCACAUGUCCAACUUUCUCACUUGGCUAGGCUAUACUAACUCUCUCAUUAACCCACUGCUGUAUACAAGCUUUAAUGAGGACUUUAAGCAGUCCUUUAAAAGACUACUGCAGUGCCGCAGGGUAUGAUUGAAGUAGCGAUUAAGAUCGAUAGUUUACUGUUGUUAAGUUUGGUGAAAAUCAAGCUAUUUCAAUCAUUAGGAUUAUUUGAAAUAAAUUAAAUAUACAAUGCAGUACAUAAUGUUGACUGUUAUGUGAUUAAGCCAAGAAGCAGUCUGGAACAUAAAUGUCUAGAAACAAAUCAGAGAUUUGUUCACAUUAU